CUGGACAAGGCAGAGUAUUCGGCAACGAGCGCGCGCGCCACCGGCUUCCCUGCCAGCCCGCCGGGCUUGAUGAAGCUAGCUUGCUCGCGGCCUCUGACAGUAGGCUUACCUGCUGUAGCCCUGUCUCUCCAUCCUCCUCGUCCGGCCGUCGUCUGGGGCCUCUCGCUUCCCUCCAUCAACCAAGCGGGCUGUAGUCCAGACAUCUGAGUCGGCCAUGCAACCGUCCGAACUUGAGAUCAGGCGGGAAGUAGAGGCCCUGCGGGACAUCAGGAGGCGGUCGACCGCAGGGGGUCCUGGUUCGCUCAUAUUGGACCCAGAUUUGCCCAGCACUACGACCCAACCCUCGCCGACCACCCCAUACUGGUCACCAGAGGAGCUGAGCGGCAGCUCCCAGAGCGAUAACAGCGACACCGGGUCCGAGGAGAGCAACAAUGAUCCCUUUCAUCUCUUCUGGGUACCCGCUCGACUCCACCCCGAAAUUGCACCAGCCGAGUUCAGGCAGUUCCUGAAAGAACAUGCCCGUAGUCCCUCCGACGAACCAUCCGGCCUUGGGCGCUCAGUCUCCAAUGGUUCUACAGAUCUUGGGAGGAAGAAAUCUAUGCUUAGCCGGCAGUACAAACCGUCUGCGAACGAUGACGUUGAGGACGAGGAGGUCGUUCCCAUCCGUCGGAAUCGGUCAAGCAUCUAUUCCAACGGUCCUCAGCUCACGAUCAGUGAUCUACAGAAGCUAGAGGAGCUAGCAGAGGAGGCAUCCAACAGCGAUGACCCCAGCAGGCUGAGGAGUGUGUUGCGGAGGAGUCUUAGUCUGAACGUGGCACCCUCAGUCAUCGACCAGAUGGACGACUUGCACGAUCCGGGAGACGAAGCCGAUUCCCCUAUCAUUGUGCCGCGCAUGGGCGAUAGACUGCGUCGUUCAGCACGCACAAAAAUCCGCAAGCCGGGUAUGCAAGGCGAGGGUGCACAUCGCUUCACCGCUACUCGCAGCCGACGAAAGUCCGUGAACCGCUCAGCUACGCUGGGUUCGCCCCGGACAUCGAGUGAGAUGUCCGUAAGCGAUCAUGGACAUGCGGAGGCCAGCAGGACGCCUCGCGCAAGCGAGGACGCAGCGCUCGCGUCACAAAUCCCACCCAUCCCACCGGUGCCUCCUCUGCCACGGCCCGAAUCAUACAGCGAAGAAGCUUUGAUCUAUGACGCUUACGUUACCGAGGAACCAGAUGAGCUCGAUGCUUUUCAAAGGGAGACGACCCCAGAACCCUCCGUCGAAUCCUCCCUCUCUGGCCCAUCCUCUACCACGACACACACUGAAUCGCAUGAGCUUGCUGCUGAUUCUGGACCCAUCCUACAUCAUCCUAAACCACAGCGAGCUGUCGCGCCGGCUGUCACUGAACCUCCCGUGGAAACACACACGCCCUCCCCUCCGCCCACGACUGCGGCCGCUAGUCCGCCUUCGAACGUGCUGCAGCCACGUCCCUCUCUGCAAGAGGCGCCGUUAUAUCAGCCACCCUCUCCAGGCCCGUCUGAACACCGACGAGAGAAGGACAAGAAGGGCGGCUUGUUCAAGUGGGGAAGUGACAAAGGCAGCAAGAAGCAGGCUAAGGAAAAGGAGCAGCGCGAGCGCGAGAAGGAGAAAGAAAAGGAUACCGGCUUUUUCGGAUCGCUUUUCGGAGGCAAGAAGAAGCAGGAGGAUGCGCCGCCGUCGAUAGCGACUCAGUCUGGGCGCGAGACGGCUGCCGCCCUCCUCGGGGCGUCCAAGUCGUCCAAGAACUACGCCCCAUCUCCUUCGCCACAGCUUGCCGGCAUGUAUGCGCGGUACCCCAUCCACGUCGAGCGGGCGAUCUACCGGCUCAGUCACAUCAAGCUUGCUAAUCCGCGUCGCCCGCUCUAUGAGCAGGUCCUGAUCAGCAACUUGAUGUUCUGGUACCUGGGUGUCAUCAACAAGACGCAGAGCCAGCAGAACGCGGGUGCAAACGGCGUAGCGCAGCCUCAGCCACAAGCGUCAGGACAGACGCAGCCCGUGCCGGACAAGGAGCAGCAGGAACGGGAGCAGCGAGAGCGCGAGGAGCGAGAGAGGGCAGAGAAGGAGCAUCUGGAGAGGGAGCAGGAACAGAGAGAGAAACAGCGGCGGGGGAGCCUCACGAAACCCGGAGCGGCGAACGCACCCCAGCCAGGCGUCCGGCGAGCCGAGAUGCCUGUGCGCGGGCCCCAGUACGAGAUGCAGCACCGCGCCAUGGAGCAUGAGUACGGCCAUGGCUACUCAAAUAGCACAUCCGGCGGCUCGGGAUACGGUUAUGGCUCUGGCGGCGGCGCAUCGUAUCAGUCGCAACCAGCAAGAUCGUCGUCGGCGCCUCCUCAGCCAUACACGGUCGGCCUCGUGCAACCACAGCCGCAGGCUGCAAAUGGUAAGUUUCGCAAUAUGGGAUCUGUGUCGAUGCAGCCUCAGCAGUAUGCUCCAGUUGUGGUGGGCGGCCAGUUGCCCCCAGGCGCGAUGCCUCCCGUGGCCGUCGAACAAACAUGGAUGGCGAACCAAGCGUCAACGAGUAUGCUCAACUCGAGGGGACAUUCGUCUCCUUCGCCCCCACGUUCCGCCUCCCCGCCUUCUCCGCCCAACCAGUCAGUCGCUCCGCGCCGGACACGGUCUCCGCCGCCUAAUCGCUACACUCCUGCGCAGGAGAAGCAACCGUCGUACAGCGCGCCAGGCGCCCGACUGCCCAGUCGGUCCCUGUCUGCCUCCGCUGCGCCGCCCAUGGUUUCUGCGAUGAACCAUGUCAACAGUGCCAAGCUGAAGAAGGGCAUCAGUGCGCAUGCGGUGGUGCAGAGCCGGCGGCGCCCCUCCGAGGACGAGGACGUGCCGCUCGCUCUGUGGCAGCAAACGCGAAGAAAGUAGUCAGCCCGUCGCCACCGAACACUUCACAUACAUUUUUCGUUCGCUCGUCUGUACUCAAAGUCCCUUGCUCGUUGGUCCGUCACUCCCUCACUUCAUCAUCUAGAUAUCCCUGCAAUUUAUAUUGUCUUGGGCUGUUUCUACUAUCACCGGGUCUCACGAGGCUUGCAUCUGUAACGGACACCUUGCCUCGCACACUUGUAGUUUCCGUGGCGGGCGUUGUUUGGCUGGGCGACGCAUCCCUGAGGACUCUCCGGUGCUACAACUGACUCUGCCUACCGUAGUAUUAUGCCUUCAUAGCAAUCUGUCUGUAUUUGCAUCGCGCGGACUUUUGGCCCUAGCUAGUAAUAUGAAACAUUGGAGAACACAGAUUAGACCCGCACAUCUAUGACAUAUGCCAGCUAUACCGCA